CGAGCGGACAGUGCGCCUCAUGUUCUAGCGCCAUAGACCUUAUAGGUUGACGAGCAAGUAUGACGUGUAUGCAUUUUACUAUCCUCCAAGCUAUUGCACUCUCCCGGUGGAGCUGCGUGAGUGAAGCAUAAUAGCCAAUCAAGAUCAUGCAACAUUAUAUUAAGGGCAUUAUACAUAUAUAAGUUGCGUUGUACUCUGCCGGUCCAUCUCAGCACCCUCAGCAAUUCAACGAAGACUUAGAGAACUACCAAAUAAUUCUCAUUACAAAUCACUUCUCAUAAUGGCAGCUCAACACACCGUUUUUCGUCUGAAACAUCGUAACGGAUUCGAUGGCCUUUAUCACCAAGAAGAAGACGUUCCGAAGAUCACGAAGCACGAGGUUCUCGUUAAGGUCCGCAGUGUUUCAUUGAACUUUCGCGAUAUCGCCAUUGCCACCUCGAAAUAUCCAUUUCCGGUUGCAGACAACGUAGUGCCAUGUUCCGACAUGGCUGGAGACGUGACGGAGAUUGGUGAUAGCGUGAAAGGGCUAAGUGUUGGAGAUCAAGUCGUCGCAUCAUUCGACAUCACCAACCUCUACGGUCCGCAACGUGACUGGGACAAUGGGCAAGGCGGCCCCAUUGAUGGUGUACUUCGUCAAUAUGUUGUAUUGCCAGCCUCAGCUCUCGUCAAGGUUCCUUCUGAUUCUCCUCAAACCUAUUCUCAAUGGGCAUCUCUGGUCUGUACGGGUGUCACGGUGUGGAAUGCUCUCUAUGGAAAUCUACCUCUGCGCCCAGGGCAAGUCGUGUUGUGUCAAGGAACUGGUGGUGUUUCGAUUACUGCUACCAUCCUAGCGAAGGCAGCGGGAGCUAUCGUGAUCAUUACAUCUUCCAGUGACGAGAAGUUGGCGCUCGCUAAAUCCAAAUUCGGAGCCGAUUACGGAAUCAACUACAAGAAGACACCGGAUUGGGCAGCUGAAGCUCUGGAGUUGACUGGAGGAAAGGGCGUCGACUACAUUCUGGAGAACGGCGGCUCUGGUACGAUCGCCCAAAGUAUCAAAGCAAUCACUUACGGUGGUGUUAUCAACGUAAUUGGUUUUCUGUCUCAAGCGUCGCAGGAGGAGAUGCCCGAUGUUGCCAGUCUUGCUCUUUCUAAAGGUGCUGUUGUUCGUGGUAUUAUGGUCGGGUCUAAACAGCUCCUUGAAGAAGCGGUCAGGUUCGUCUCUCACCGGCAGUUAAAACUCCCAGUCGAGAAAGAGUUCCCAUUCACCUACGAAGGUGUUCGAAAUGCAUAUGAGUACCUAGUUUCUGGCCAGCAUAUUGGCAAGGUCUGUAUUACUGUAAAUUAGACACUGCUCUAUGCAUUCAUCUCUAAACAAGAGCAUCACUUCAGAGUAGAACAUAUGCACCUACUAUUUGAAUUUCAAAAUAUUGGUGAGCGAGAAAGAGAUAAAACUUCCAGUUCUAAUUCGUUGGUUAAACAAGCGACGAGAAUGCCUCAUGCGAUGCAACAGAAUGCAUUCUCGCCGCGCGCCCUUGGAAUUCUCGAAGUAGCCAUGGUAGCUGUAGUAGUCAUGGAAGCCUUGCAAGAUGAACACUGGUGUGGGCAGCCAAAAGUGUACAUUACGCUCAAUAAAUUUUGAUGAGAC